UGGGACUUCAACUUCUAACGGAGGGUCUGUGAGCAGCACGGUAUUGCUGCGCGUAUUCGGAUGUGAAGUGCAGUUGGCCGAAACUUUAUUUUGCAACCAAGGCAGUAAAUAUCGCCGACACGUUUCUUUUUUGGGGGGACUGUAUAUUAUAUGCCAGGAGGUGAUUGUUUUUCAACUGAUAAAAAUUACUUUGGCGAUUACGCAUUUGUCAAAAGUUAUCUGGAAGCAGAAAGUUCAAGAUGUCAGAUACUUCUGUGAAUGACCAUCUGGAGGGGAUAUUGUCCGAUUUUGAAGCACUGAAGAGAUCAUUUGACAUUGAGGAUGAGAUCCCUGCAUACUCUCCUUCCCCUGCACACAGUUCUCCCUUCAGCCCCACCCCCAACUCCAACAAGACCAAUGAUGGAAGAGGGCCAGCAAACCACACUCCUCCACCCUACCAAUCGCGGAUCAGCAUCAACCCUAGCCCUGCCCAGAGCCCGGUGCUGAGGAACAAGAUCGUCACCAGCCUGUCCUUCAACCGGGGGACAGCAGAGGUCGGUGUCAAGGCCAAUGGGAAUGCGAGUUCGGGAAUCAGCCGAGCUUCAUCCUUCCAGAGCAGGUUCAACCCCAAUGGCUUCUCCUCCUCCUCUGGGCUGGGGAGCCACAACGACAGCCUCCGGAGCUCCUCCUCCAGCCUGGACUCCCAGGCCUCCUUGUCCAAACAGAGUCACUCUGGCACUCUCUCUUCGGGUGGCCUGCCCCAGGGGCCCAUGGGAAGACGGGAGUUCAAAACCACGGGGCUGGUUGGCCCAGCCCUCAAAAAGUUCUCCUCCCAUGGGAAUGUGUUCCGCUCAGAGGUAGAGGUGUCGUCGGUCCCAGCUGGUGAACCUGUAGCGGUAAUCCACGGCUCCAUGCCCUCACUGGACCUGCAGGGCAGUGGCAGCCGGGGCGUAGCCUCGCUAGUUGACAGGUUUGGCCAGACGGGAGCGACCUGGAGUGCCAGCCGCCAACAGGGUGCCGUCUCCUCGCUCCGCCACCUGACCCCAAAACCGAAAGAGGUGGCCAAGCUUAAUAAGUUCCCCCUGGAUCUGGAGAACCUGGCGGCCAAGCCUCAGGCACCCCCCGCUGAGACCCCCUCUCCCCCCAAACCACCGCUACGGUUUCACCCCAAACCAGCCGGUGCCUCCUCCCCUGCUCCUGCUGGCCCCUCCAUGCCUGCUGCUGGUGGCUCGAGUGGGGUGGAUCUGGGGUUGUCCCCUGGAAAUGGCAAAAUGGUUGAGCCCGUUAUAGCCCCAGGGCCAUUCCGUGUGCCAGCUGUCACCGCAACACCAGUCCCACUCUCCCCAGCCCAGACCCCUGAGCUCACUCUGAUCACCCGGCCGCAGGUUGUCCAGCUUAUCCCCUCAGAACCACAACCUCCCACAUCCCCAAAUGUCUCCAAAGAAACCUGCCAAGAAUUGCCAAGCUUGGGGAGUGAGAUCAUGGGAUCACCUGACAAGGAAGUGCCACAGACCAAUAAGAGCAUGGUUUCGCCUGAUAAGGCAGUACCACAAACGAAUGAGAGUGUAGGAUCACUUGAAAAGGAAGCACCGCAGGCCAAUGACAGCAUAGUCUCACCUGAUAAGGAAGUGCCACAGGCCACUGAGAGUGUACAAUCACCUGAUAAGGAAUUGCCAAGGGCCAAUGAGGGCAUUGGAUUGCCUGAAAAGGAAGGACCACAGGCCAAUGAAAGUAUAGAUUUGCCUGAUAAGGAAGUGCCACUGGGCAAUGAGAACGUAGUUUUGCCUGAUAAGGAAUUGUCACAGACCAAUGAGAGCACAGAAUCGCCAGAAAAGGAAAUACCAGGAGCCAAUGAGAACACAGUGUCACCCAGCCAGGAAGUGCCACAGGCAAAUGAGAGUGUAGGAUCCAUUCUCCAGAGGAUCGCCUCCUUUUCACAGGCUGACAGCACAGAGCCCGGGCCCAAGGAAGACAAUCGCCAGGGCAACAAAGAUAAGGCGGAGGGGCCAGACUUUCAACAGAAGGAGAGAGAGGAAGAAAUGCCAGCACCGGCCUUGGAGCCAGACGUCCAGAUGGCCGAGGAGGAGGAGGAGCCAGAGGAGCAGGCCCCGCCCACUUGCCCCAAAGAGCCCAGCCCGGACGGGUACAUCACGGGGCACGAGCUGUUCGGCUACGUGGGCAUCGAGGCCGUGCUGGACCAGAUGAGGCGAAAGGCCAUGAAGACGGGCUUUGAGUUUAACAUAAUGGUUGUAGGGCAGAGCGGCCUGGGCAAGUCGACGCUGGUGAACACGCUCUUCAAGUCCAAAGUGAGCCGCAAGUCCUGCACGCCCAACUACGAGGACAAGAUCUCCAAAACGGUGAACCUGCAGUCCGUCAGCCACGUCAUCGAGGAGCGGGGAGUGAAGAUGAAGCUAACUGUCAUUGACACCCCAGGUUUCGGAGACCAGAUUAACAAUGAAAACUGCUGGGAGCCCAUAGUGGAAUAUAUUAAUGAGCAGUACGAGAAGUACUUAAAGGAGGAGCUCAACGUCAACAGGAAGAGGCGGAUCCCCGACACGCGGGUCCACUGCUGCGUCUACUUCCUGCCGGCCACCGGACACUGGUUGCGACCCCUAGACGUGGAGUUCAUGAGGCGGCUUGGCCUGAUCGUGAGCAUCGUCCCGGUGAUCGCUAAAGCAGACGCGCUCACCAUCGAGGAGAGGCUGGAGUUCAAACAGAGGAUAAGAAAGGAUCUGCAGGCCAACGGGAUCAGGGUGUACCCACAGACAGAGUACGAUGAAGACGGAGAUGACAGGAUAAUGAAUGACAAAAUUAGGGAAAAGAUCCCUUUUGCAGUAGUGGGGACAGACAAAGAGCACCAGGUGAACGGGAACAAGGUCCUUGGCAGAAAAACAAAAUGGGGAAUUAUAGAGGUGGAGAACGUUGCACACUGCGAGUUUGCCAACUUAAGAGAUCUGCUCAUCAGGUCCCACCUGCAAGACUUAAAGGACGUCACCCACAACAUCCACUAUGAGACCUACAGGGUCAGAAGGCUCAACGAAAGCAACCUGAAUGGACUGGGGAUUUCAGCUCUGAGCCCUGUGAACGGCGUGGCGGAAAAGAGCGAGCCUGAAAGCCUCUGAUUUGAAGCCAGGAGUAGGCUAAUAAAGCUGAGGACGUUUGUGGGAACUUCCGUCUUCUAAGGGACUGUAGUAUGGACGAUCCCGCUGUCAACCAAUCAAAAGCGAGAGAGACUUUUAUAAGCGAAUUUCAAUGCGUGGCAUCACAAUUUGAUUGGGAGAGAGAGAAAUCACCUGCAAUAUUUUCGCGUACACAUUACCGCUAAAUAAAGCAUAUUUCUUCAUUAUAAAGAAUUAAUGUAUGCGCAGAUAUUUUUGGAGUUGUACGUGGGCUUUUACCUGGGGGGGCGAUAAGGAUUGCCCACGUUUGAAGAAUAGGCUACACUUUGUAGAAAAUAACACUGUCAGACAAAAAAAAAUGUAAAAGGAUGCUUUGAUCUCUGCGUGACUUUUUGCAGUACAGAAUGGCUCACUUCCAGCUCUUUCUCCCAGUCUUCAGUCAUACGGCUGUCCCUGGAUUAAAGUAGGAAACUGGGACGACUUCAGAGCGCUAAUGGCCGUGUAACCAUCAAUAACACAGACAUUUACAGACAGUAAUUACUGCUUUCUAAUCUACAUCCAUUUUUUAGACACUGCGAGUGAAGUGAUAGGACUUUAUUUUGCCAUGUUUUGCUUUUUCAUCUUAAAGGGCGCCCAAGGCCUGAUCGCUGAAAUGUAUCCUCGGUUUACAUUAUAAUUAUCAUGCAGUUUAUAAAUUCCUGUCAGGUUCAAAUGUUUUUCUUCAAAGGUAUAUCAAAGUGAACCCCGGUGAAUGUUUUCAGUUGUGCCGUUUGGCGGUGCAUACAAAGCCGUACAAAUGCUUACAACGUCCAACAAAAACGCAGACUCGGGCCGGAGUUCCAUUUUCACCUGGAACCACCCUUGGUGCCUUUUAAGGAGUUAUCUGAAGCGGUGGCUGUUUUAACACAAUUGUUCUUACGUUACCUGCUUCGUAACUGAUGGCUAACAGUACUUCAUGGGUCGAUACUUCAAAACCGGGAUGCCUCAAAGAAGACAUCCGAGUGUAAACACAUUAAUCUUAUUUCCCGGUUAUGUUCUUCUACAAACGUAUUCCACUCUGAUAGUGUCUUUAACAAAAUGAGUAGGCCUAAUAGAUGUCUUGUGAGGAGAGUCAAAUUCCGUCCCUAGUGCCGCGUUAACGCUGUGGUAAGAACCCAUCAUUUUCUCAAAUGAUAAAUUUUGGUCUUUAAAUCAAAUGUGAAUUAAACGUAUAUUUUGCUACAUUUGCAUAUCUAACUGAUUGUUAUGGCAACAUAAACGGAAGUUACGGCUGAAACAAAAACUGAGUAGCCUAUACAUGGGCACACAGGGCACCUCCAAAGGACGGAGUUUGGCACCCCAGGCUUGCAUGCAUUGACUUAACAUUGUCUGUUCAUGGGGAGGCGCAACUAAAUACUUCACCCUGUAGAUCUGAACAGAAAAGGUAUAGUCCACUUACAAAUAAACCGUUUCUGAAGUGCGAGUGCAUUGACUAAUGUCAAUUUCGUUGCCGAAUUCAUAGCUAAUGCCAAAUGAAAAUAUCCACCUAACUUAGUUGUGGUAAAUGUCGGGCUAGAAUUGUGGCCUGACACCGCCACCAGCCUAAAGAUGUAGGCUAUCAACAAUCAGAAAAAUACACAACCAGUAAAAGUGCGUCCAGUUGGAAACUCCAACAAUGUAAAAAUAAUAAUAAUAACGUUACGUUUCCAGUUCAGAUGCAUAAGUUGCAUUAUUUAUCUUUAUCUUAAGUUUGUUUAACAAAAGACAAUGUUUGUCAGAGCAAUAAUAAUCGACACCUUACCUGUUUGAGUCGACAGAAAAUCAGUGUGAGUGUUGACGGAGGGUCACAGCUGUUUUCAUUAAGGUUGAGUUAGGUGUUCUGGGAAAUUAUGUUUUUAGUCUAAAAGUAUACUGUUCUGACUUCUAAGGCUGUUGUAGGCAAUGAAUGUCUGUAAAUAUUUAAUGGAUUUCCCUGUUAGUAAUUACUCCAAAUAUCAAUUAAACAAUGACCACUUGCUACUUGGGCUCCUUUUGGGUCGGCAUAUGCUUCAGUUCAUCCACCUUAAUUAAUUGAGUGUAUUAAAAAGUAUACGGCGUAGUUGCAAGUUGAAAGCCUUAAAGUCUGAAACAAAAGCGCCAUCUUGAGGCCAGGGUAGAAAAGUACACUCACAAUCACUGCCCUAACAAAAAGAUGCUCUGAAUUUAAACGGAUUAUGAACGUUGCACCAUAUGACUGGCCACAAACCUGUGAGGAUUACAAGGCAUUUUAUAUUGCAGCCUACAACAGUCUCUGACAUAUAUAUAUAUAUACAUACAUUUGCAUACGGUGGAGGUUGAUAUAUUUGACAAUAAAUGCAUUUUAUCUUCACAUUACUAAAAUAGGCAUUUGUUACAUAUAAAUCUUACAGCAUAUAUUAAGAGAUAAGGACUGGCCAAAAAGAUAGCUGCAUUUCCAUGUUAUAGUAUCUUAUUUCUGAUUAAAUUUUAAGUGUAUUUACAAUUAAGCACUUCUGGCUCCUCGUUUCUGAUAAAAUAACCUACUCAAUCGUGCCAUAUACAUUAUAGCUCCAGUGCUAACUCACCCGCUCAUGUUAUGACACUGUCCCUGCCUUACAGGCAAUGGUGCCUCUUGCAUAUCACAUCGGGAGUGCAGUGGUUUCUUUCGGCAGUUUAGAAUGCAUUCUUAUAAAUUCACUUCACAAUCCAAAGACUCCCUAAAAUGACCACCCUGUAGCUAAGGACCCUGUCUAAAUGAAACGGUUUAUGUUUGACUAUCUAAAAACUACUCUAGGAUGCAAUGCAAUGGGUAUCACAAGUACAUGGAAGCAUGUUUGAAUUAUGUAUCUAUGGAAGACAUGUAGCGAUUCAGCACAAAAUAAAUAUGUAAUACACUAUAGUGAUUGUAAUAUUAUAAAGGAUGUGUUUAUUUAAUCGUAAAUCUAAAAUAUGUAAUGUAUGCACUAUGGAAAUAAAAACAAAAUUCUUCUUGA